AUUACAAGGGUCCCCCUCGUCCUAUGUCAACCCAAAGGACUUGUUAAAGGGUGUAGUCCCACUGGGUGUGCUGAUUCACAAUGCCAGCAAAGCCAGCUCCCAUCAAAAAGUCCCCAGCCAAGAAGGCUGCGGAAAAGGCAGUAGAGAAACCGGCGGAACCUGCGCCUGAGGCUCCCCCUGCCGAGGCACCACCUGCUGAAGCACCACCUGCAGAAGCCCCACCGGCAGAAGCCGCCCCCGCAGAGGCUGCUCCUGCGGAAGCUGCACCCGCAGAAGCUGCUCCUGCCGAGGGACAGGCUGCACCGGCAGCGGAACCUGCAGCUGAUGCUCCUGCUGCUGGAGAGGCUCCUGCUGAAGCCGAUGCACCAGCUGAUGCUGCCGCUGAAGCUGCUGUCCCAGCUGAAGAGGCUGCCGCUCCUGCACCCGCUGAAGGCGAGGCCCCAGCCGAUGAGCCUACCAGUGCUCCAUUGAAUCUGACAGUGGAGGAUGUCAACGACACAUCCGUUACCCUCAAAUGGAAGGCCCCUGAGACCCUUGGUGACUCUGGCCUGGAUGGAUACACCGUGGAGUACUGCAAAGAGGGAGCUUCUGAAUGGGUUGUGGCCAAUGCUGAGCUUACCGAGGCCACCCGACUAGUUAUUCCAGACUUGACAACCGGGGAUGUCCUGAACAUCCGUGUGGUCGCUGUGAACCCAGGAGGCCCCAGUGAACCUGCUGUCUUGGCUGAGCCGGUUCCUAUUCGUGAACUUGGGGAACGUCCAAAGGUCCGCCUGCCACGUUUCCUUAGAACCAGAUAUAUCAGAAAAGUUGGUGCACAGAUCAAUCUCCUCAUCCCCUUCGGUGGAAAGCCCAAUCCUGUGGUCACCUGGUGCAAGGAUGGACAGCCCAUUGACACCAAGAGAGUCGGCAUUCGCAAUAGCGACAGAGACAGCAUCCUGUUCAUCCGUACAUCUGAGAGGGAAGACUCGGGCGUCUAUGAGAUGACUGUGAAAAUUGACAGCUUCUCUGAUACGGCCAGCCUAACUCUUCAGAUUGUGGACCUGCCUGGCCCUCCUGAUAGUAUCAAGCUUGUGGACACAUGGGGCUUCAAUGCUGCCCUGGAGUGGACUGUACCCAAAGACAGCGGCAACACAGAAAUCACCGGCUACUGCAUCCAAAAGGCUGACAAGAAGACUGGGGAUUGGUUCACUGUACUUGAGCACUAUCACAGGCUAAAUGCCACCGUCUCUGACCUCAUCAUGGGCAACUCCUACAACUUCCGCGUGUUCUCUGAGAACAAAGUCGGAGUUAGCGAGGAUGCCGCCAUAACAAAAGAGGUAGCCACUAUUACGAAAACAGGCAUCGUGUACCAGCCUCCAGAGUACAAGGAGCACGACUUCAGCGAGGCUCCCAAGUUCACCGCACCCCUCAGCGACAGAGCUGCCACCGUUGGCUACUCCACCAAACUCCUGUGUGCCGUGCGUGGAUGCCCAAGGCCCAAGAUUGAGUGGCUGAAGAACAUGAUGGUCAUUGGCGAUGACCCCAAGUUCAGACAGAUCAGCAACCUGGGAGUGUGUUCUCUGGAGAUCCGCAAGCCCUGCAGCUUCGACGGCGGAGUGUACACCUGCAGGGCUAAAAACGCUCAGGGGACGGCCACCGUCUCGUGCAAACUGGAGGUCAAACAGGUCACUGUUGUAGAGGCUGAGAAGAAGUAGACCCAUCACUACCUGGAAGAUAGAGAAUGUUCCAGAAGGCAGUUGAGACAAGAGGAGAGGUCUGUAUAUACAUAGAGGAAGAAGCCCAGAGGAGACUCCAACUAUCUUGAUUCUUUUUUAUUUUAAUGAUUAUUUGCCUUCCAUUGUAACUCCACACAGCUGUUAGUAUGCUAGACAGGAGAGAGUUGAACUGCACAGUAACAUCUCUUUGCUUGAUACUCAAAGAGUAAUAUGUUUCACCUCAUCUGUUUUUGUUCCCUGACUGUGUCCUUUAUUCGUCAUUCUCAGUGUGUGUCAAAUAAAUUAAUUGAAUCAUUGAC